AUGUUACUCACUUGUCGUGUUGUGGUGGCGCGAACGCCUCUUGGCUCUCGUGGAUUUCAACGGUCUGUAGGCAUUGUAGGCAUGCCCAAUGUGGGCAAGUCAACAUUGUUUAAUGCCUUGACAAAGACUGAAGUAGCCCAGGCGGCCAACUAUCCAUUCUGUACCAUCGAUCCAAAUGUUGCGCGAGUAGCAGUGCCAGACAAGCGUGUGCGACAUCUAGCGGAUGUGGAAGCUUCCAAACGUGUGAUUGAAACUCAGCUCGAAUUUGUCGAUAUUGCUGGACUGGUGCGUGGUGCCUCGCGUGGUGAAGGUCUAGGUAACAAGUUUCUGGAGAAUAUUCGACAGGUCGCUGUCAUCGCUCAUGUCAUAAGAUGCUUCGAGGACACAAAUAUCAUUCAUGUUGAUGAAUCUGUGGACCCCAUACGUGACUUGGAAACGAUUCGUACCGAGUUGAUACUAGCCGAUUUGCAGACAGUGGAAAAACGUUUGGCUAGUUUGUCAAAGAAGAAAAAGUCGGUGGGAUCAACAGACCCAACAAUCUCGACGCUGUUUGAUGUCUUGAGUCGUUUGCAGUCACAUUUGGAAGAUGGCAAUUUGGCAGACAAAAUGAUGUUCAAGACGCUUGAUGAGCAAAUGCAAUUGAAGAAUUUGCAGCUGUUGACGGCCAAAAAAGCAUUAUACCUUUGCAAUGUGUCGGAACAAGAUGCAGCUACGGGCAACGAGAUGGCAAAAGCGGUGCGUGAGCGUGUCGAAGCGGAAGGAAGUGUGUGUUUGACAGUAUCUGGCUCCUUGGAAGAAGCUGCUGCAUCGUUCGAGGAUAACGAGAGUCAGCUUGAGUAUUUAAAUGAAAGCGGAUUGAGUGAAACUGGAUUGACGAGGGUCAUUCGUGCCAGUCAGGAGCUUUUACAAUUGCAGACCUUCUACACAGUCGGCGAAAAGGAGGCACGAGCUUGGAAUAUAUUAGCCGGGUCGACUGCUGCUGUGGCUGCUGGUACCAUUCACUCCGACUUUGAAAAAUUAUUGAUUCGUGCGGAAACUGUUGGCUACCAGGACUUUGUAUCUGCUGGUAGUAUGCGUGCAGCCAAGGAAAAGGGGCUUUUGCGCUCUGAAGGCAAAGAUUAUAUCUGCCGCGAUGGUGACAUUUUUAAUUUUCUUGUUGGGAAAUAG